GGGGAAAACUUGUGCCACACCAACCUCAGUGUGUAUCCACAGUUCCACUUCUGACCUGUGUGCUGUGCUUCCUCUGUGUUUAGCGGAGAAGCAGCAGCAGCAGAAGGAGGUGUGGAGUUCGCGGCUGCAGAAGUGGCUCUAUGAACGGUUCGGGGUUUACAUAGAAGACUUCCGCUUCCAGCCGGAGGAGAGCACUGUGGAGACGGAGGAGCCGCUAAGUGCUAAAAGGUUGACAGAAAACAUGAGGCGACUCAAACGAGGAGCCAGACCUGUCACUAACUUCUUAAGGAACCUCUCCGCCUUAUCUAACUGGCACUCUGUCUACACCUCAGCUAUUGCCUUCAUUAUCUACAUGAAUGCUGCUUGGCAUGGUUGGGCCAUUCCCAUGUUCCUCUUCCUGGCCAUCCUGCGCUUGUCUUUGAAUUACCUCAUUGCCAGAGGGUGGAGGAUUCAGUGGAGCAUUGUGCCUGAAGUGUCUGAACCCAUGGAGCCCCCAAAGGAAGACCUAACUGUAUCUGAAAAGUUUCAGCUUGUACUCGAUGUUGCACAAAAAGCUCAGAACAUCUUCGGUAAGAUGGCCGACGUUCUGGAGAAGAUAAAGAAUCUGUUCAUGUGGGUGCAGCCAGACAGCACCAGGAAGCUCUACAUCUGCCUGUGGGUUGCUUUCAUCUUCUCCUGCGUCCUCCCGUACAAGCUGAUGGGUUUUAUGAUGGGAGUGUAUGCCGGUAUCAAGUUCUUCAUCAUAGACUUCCUGUUUAAGAGCUGUCCGAAGCUUCGGGACAAGUACGACACGCCAUACAUCGUGUGGAACAGCCUCCCCACAGAUCCCCAGCUCAAAGAGCGGACCAACGCCACUGUGUCCCGGCGGCUCUCCUGCAUUGAGAAGGUUCAGCCGGUGGCGUCUCGGAGCAGCCUCGCCACCGUCCCCAGCGGCAUGAGCAGAGAAGACGACGCGGGUCGCUCCCACAGCACCAAAAAGGGUCCCUUCCACGAGAUCUUCAACCUGCCGGAAACAGAGCGCCCUCUGGCGGUGUGCGAGAACGGCUGGAGGUGUUGUCUGAUAAACAGAGAUAGGAAGAUGCCCACGGACUACAUCAGGAAUGGAGUUCUUUACGUCACAGAGAAUUAUCUUUGCUUCGAGAGCUCCAGCUCCAAAUCCAGCGCCUCCAAGAAGAAUAAAGUGAUCAAGCUAGUGGACAUCACAGACAUCCAGAAGUACAAAGUGCUAUCGGUCCUGCCGGGAAGCGGCAUGGGCAUCUCUAUAGCCACUCCCUCCACUCAGAAGCCGCUGGUGUUUGGCGCCAUGAUCCACAGAGACGAGGCGUUCGAGACCAUCUUCACUCAGUACAUAAAGAUUGUGACCACCUCCAAACCACCGUCCAGCACAGAGCUUUAGGCCCUUCCUCACUUCCACUCCUCGUCGAUGUUGAGGAGCUUCUGAUUCCCUCAAACUCCUCCGGCUCCCUGGACGAGCGCCAGCUUCUUGUUGGAGGCACCUAGGGGACACUGCUCAUCCUGAAGGGGGCGCUAAAGGAGGAGUCGUUUUAACCAAUCAGCAGAGGGCUGAUGGAGGAGCUGGAUCUCCUCUUCCAACUGACUUUUUUUUCUGGCUUUCUUGGUUCUGGUGUUGCAUGUGUGGGUGUGCGUGUUAUUGUGCGUCAGUUGUUUUUUCUUGUGUUUUUUUUUCUCUGCCACUCCCCAGUCAACGGGGCGCCGUCUGCUGCAAUAGGAAGCUCUCUCUAGCAGAUAACAGAACCUACUUUAAACUGCCAGAUGCAGAAGUUCUUGCUGUAUAUCAAAGUAUUCAUGUCAAACCGGUGCCUCUUGGCUAAAACCCAACAGAACCAGAGGUGUGAACAUGUCCGACUGUUUCUGUUUUUCUGUUUUCUUCUGUGUUUUAUUAGCUGUGAAGACGUCAGCCUGCGACUGACACCAGAGCCUUUCUGUUAGUUUACAU